CCCCUUCCACGUCUGUGCUCUGUGUGUCCUGGUCUGACGCUCAGCUUGCCCGGGUGGGAGGCUGAGGGACUGGCUGGUGAUGGCUGCAGUGGCCGGUGCAGGAGGCGGGGGAACGGAACCGGUGGUUGGGGUCCGCGAGGGGGCUCGGGUGGCGGUGCUGUGUCUUCUCUGGUACUCGGUGAGUUCCGGUGGUAACGUGGUGAACAAGAUUAUCCUAAACGGCUUUCCUUACCCGGUCACGGUAUCCCUAUUCCACAUACUAGCUAUAUGCUGCUUCCUGCCUCCGCUGCUCCGGGCAUGGGGAGUACCGCACACUCAGCUCCCAGCGCGGUAUUACCGCUGGUACAUCAUCCCACUGGCCUUCGGAAAGUACUUUGCAUCUGUCUCAGCUCAUUUCAGCAUUUGGAAGGUGCCCGUGUCGUACGCACACACUGUUAAAGCCACAAUGCCUAUAUGGGUGGUACUGUUGUCCAGGAUAAUAAUGAAGGAGAAGCAGACUACGAAGGUAUAUUUAUCUCUAAUCCCGAUUAUUGGAGGUGUCCUCCUUGCCACUGCGACAGAGCUCUCCUUUGAUAUGUGGGGAUUGAUCAGUGCCUUGGCUGCCACCCUCUGCUUUUCUUUACAGAACAUCUUCUCCAAAAAGGUCCUGAAAGAUUCACGGAUACACCACCUGCGACUUCUGAACCUUUUGGGCUGCCAUGCCAUCUUCUUCAUGAUCCCCACAUGGGUAUUGCUGGACCUCUCUUCGUUCCUUGUAGAGAGUGACCUGAGCUCUAUAUCCCAAGGGCCAUGGACUCUUCUUUUACUGGUGAUCAGUGGUACUUGUAACUUUGCCCAGAACCUCAUAGCUUUCAGCAUCCUUAAUCUGAUCAGCCCCCUGAGUUACUCUGUAGCCAACGCCACCAAGAGGAUUAUGGUCAUCACCGUCUCUCUCAUAAUGCUUCGCAAUCCUGUCACUGGGACCAAUCUCCUGGGAAUGUUGACUGCGAUCUUUGGAGUCUUUCUAUAUAAUAAGGCAAAGUAUGACGCAAAUCAAGAAGCCAAGAAACAGAUGCUCCCUCUAGUGUCUGGAGAACAAGGCAUGGACCAUCAUGUACCACAAGAGAAGCUACAGAAUGGUUUGACUGCCUUUUCCCCAGGAAGGGACUACCAAUAUGGCCGCACAAAUGUGCUGACUGACCACUUUCAGUAUAGCCGGCAAGGCCACCCAACUGCACACAAUCGUUAUGACGUUUGAAGCCUCAAAGCUCUUCUAUCUAUGUACUAAUACUUGCUCCACAUAACCCAUCAAUGCCAACUGCUCUUCUAUUCCAGGCUGCAUUCCCUGUAUAUUCUGGUCACGGCAGAGCAUUGGCUACUGGAAGUGUGGGUCAGCAGUGAGACUAGAACUUAGUGAGGAGACUGUUUCUGUGGAGGAUAAAUUAUUGUAAAAACUGUAGAUCCACAGACCUAUUCCUCCUACCAUUUUAAAGGACAUUUAGACUGGAACACAGGAUGUUUAGUGAUUAACCUUCUGGACAGACCUCACUUAUGUCAGAUUUUCAAAUGGCUGCUGUUAUUUUUUUAUUCUUCACCAGCUUUAUUCCUGCUCCCAGGCAUCUUUUGAGCACUGCAGCAUGUCCCUUAAAGUAAUGACUGAGGAUAUGUAUCAUGUUUAUUUCCGAUUAUGUACAAAGUGAUUAUUCCUGCAGCUCAUCAAAGAAAACAAUUAUUUAUCCUGUAUCUUGUAUAAAGUAGCACAGAAAAUUGUUUUCCAUUACUUCCUGGAGCCCAAGUUAAAAUGAUUGUUAAUAUCAUCUUUUGGGAAGCUGCAAUAUUAUUCGGUGGGGUUAAUUUAAAGAAACAAAGUCAAAAUUAAACGUUCAUGGUUUAGAUAGAGCAUGCAAUUUUAAACAAUAUUACAAUUAACUUCAAAUUUGCUUUGUCCUUGGUAUCCUUUAUUAAAGAGCAGGCUCAGGAGCAGCAAUGCACUACUGGGAGCUAGCUGAAUAAGUCCGGUGAGUCAAUGACAAGAGAUGUUGCCACUAAUCACCAGCUUGCUCCCUAGCUAUGCUCUUUUUAAGAAGGAUACUAAGAGAAUGAAGCUAAUUUGAUAAUAGAAGCAAAGUAAAAAGUUGUUUAAAAUUGUAUGUUUUAUCCAAAUCAUGAGUUUAAUUCUGAGUUAGUCACAUUAAGCUAGAUUGGGUGAUGAGUAUAUUUGUUGGUCAAUUCAAUCGAUUCUAGGCUUCCUCAUGAAGCAAACUACAGGCUGUAUGUUGUAGAUGAGAUCAAAACCCCUAUGCUGAGUUUUAGGGAAAAAUAUAUGUAUUGAAAAAAUAUUAAUGUAGUUUGAGCAGUGAGGAAUUCAAGCUAAGAGUCCACAAAAUGUCAGAUAGGAACAAUUCUCAUUUCUUACUUGUCGCCUACAGUUUCUUCCCAUUCCUGGACAAGUGGCCAUCAGCCACAGCUAGCAGCAUUUGUCUCUUUUGAGCCCAGUUUAUCUGUGUAAUAGUGCAACAUAUAAAUAUCUGUUCAAAUCCAGAUCUUUUUGUUUUGCACUAUUACACAAAUUUAAAUCGGACUCCGACAAGAGCUGAAUGCAGAUAUGCAGCCAUAUUUGGCAUUUGUUCAUAUAAACAAAUGCCGAUUGCACAUGUCUUAAUAGAUCAUUUGAUCUGUCCUAGAACAUAAGGGAAGUCUUUAAAACUAAAAUGAAGUGUGGUCCGUUUAAAUGCAGAGCAAGAAUGUAGUGAUAUUGCUUGUUACCAUGGUAGCUGAACACACCUGUACAGAGAUACUUUGCACCUUUAUACAGAGCUGCACUUUCUUUUAUUUUGCAUAAAAGCAGGCAUUGUUUACAUAACUCCUGUAGCAAAUCUAGCUGUUCUGUAGAAGCUGAGCCAGGACCUUAUGUAAUUUGCUGCAUGAGUUGACUGGGAUGAGUAAGUGUUUGAAUUUUCUAUUUACUGAAUUAUACUGUAUUUCUUUAUUACUCUGUGUCAUAUUUAAGUACUAGGGGAUAUAAAUACUAUGUCUGCUCGGUAUAGGUAGAAGUGUUCAGAGAGCUGCAUAUAAGCCUACAGAUCCUGACCGCAUCAGCUCUGCUUAUGGAUUUUUUUUGUGGAACUAAAAUUCAGGCUAGCAUGCUACAGACAAGUAGCGAUGUGUGUGUUUUUUUUUAAAGAUAAUUUGCUUCUGUCAGUAGAGUGUGUUACUACUGCUAGGGUCUAUCUGCUGUCUGUGGCCCUGACAUACAGGUUCCUGAUAUCACCUUAUUAAACUCUAAUAUACUCUGCUAAUCACCCCCUGGAUCUUGCUAGAACAAACACAAAACUUGUUGGCAAUGUUCCAGUGGCUUAUGUCAAAGCAUUUUGACAUGCACAUGUGCUGUUGUGCACCCUGCUUCAGCAGUUUAGUACUGCUUAAUAUGCAGGCCUUGUGUUCCUCACGUGGUAUGUUCUAUAUUUUGGGGCACUAUGUUGCUAAAGGAAAAUAAAAAUUAAAAAAAAAAAAAGUUCUGUCUAAUGUGUUACAACAUUUAAUAACUAUGUUCAAAUUGGUUCAAUACAUUAAAGUGCUGGUAAACUCUCACCUUUUUUUAAAAUCAGAUCCGGAAUGUUGUUGAUAUUUUAGAAUGAAUUUCAUUCAUCCGUUUUAACAAAGAUGUGCUAUAAUUAGAUUUUUAAUAUAGAUAUGAAAUUCAAAUUCCCCACGUUCCACCACCCACUUCAAAAGUGAGGUAACAGUUUGAAUUGUUCUCCAAUCAGAGCUAUAGCUAUGACAAAAGUGCCAUAUGGGGAGAGAGCUGAUUGGACAACAAUUCAAACUGUUGGCUCACAGAAAGCUUGACUUUUGAAGUGGGCUGCGGAGGGCAGGGAUUUUGAACUGAUGAAAAAAAGCCAUCUAAAAUAUCACUAACAUUCUGGAUCUGAUUUUAAAAAGGGUAGAGUUUACCAUCACUUUAAGUCAAUGACAGAGCAGCAGUGCACUAAUGGGUAACUGCAUCUUAUAAUCCAAGUACAAAUAUGUGUAGCCACCAUUCACCAGCAAGCUCUCAUUUGUGCAUUACUGCUAUUAAGCCUACUUAAAUAUGCUUUCCAGCAAAGGAUAGCAACAGAACAGUCAUUUUAAUAAUAGAAGAAAAUUUAAAGGUCUUUUAAAAUUGCCUGCUCUAUCUGAAUAUGAAAGCUUAAAGGGACACUGAACCCUAUUUUUUUUUAUUUCAUGAUUCAGAUAAAGCAUGCAAUUUUAAGCAACUUUCUAAUUUAAUUUUUAUAAAUUUUUCUUCAUUCUCUUGCUAUCUUUAUUUGAAAUGCAAGAAUGUAAGUUUAGAAGCGGCCCAUUUUUGGUUCACAACCUGGGUUGUCCUUGCUGAUUAGACAGAACCCAAUAAACAAGUGCUGUCCAGAGUACUAAACCAAAAAUUGCAUGGCUCCUUAGCUUAGAUGCCUUCUUUUUCAAAUAAAGAAAGCAAGAGAACGAAGAAAAAUGGAUAGGAGUAAAUUAGAAAGUUGCUUAAAAUUGCAUGCUGUAUCUAAAUCACAAAAGAAAAAAUUUGGGUUUAGUGUCCCUUUUUAAUUUAAUUUUCAGCUCCUUUUAACCCUUUGAGUGCUAAUGACGUCAUGAGCACUCUCCCACCUUGAGGGAGAUCUGGGGACUCCUUACUGCUCCUACCCCGGCGAUCGUGCCUGUAGAGUGCCAGGCAUCGCCGGGGCUUCACGUGGUGCGCGGUGACGUCACGCGCAAUUACGUGAUGACGUCACCGUGCAACUUUAUACUUAACAAUGUUAAGUAUAGGAGGAGGGGGCAUGCUGCUUAGAAGCCUGUAUCUCAGGCAUCUAAGCAGCUACAGACCCCCAAGACCCAUUGUUGGAAAGGUAAUUUCUUAAAGGGACAGUCUACACCAGAAUAAUUGUUUUAAAAGAUAGAUAAUCCCUUUAUUACCCAUUUCCCAGUUUUGCAUAACCAACACAGUUUUAAUAAUAUACUUUUAACCUCUGUGAUUAUCUUGCAUCUAAGCCUCUGCAAACUGCCCCUUUUUCAGUUCUUUUGACAGACUUGCAGUCUAGCCAAUCAGUGCCUGCUCCCAGAUAACUUCUCGUGCACGAGCACAGUGUUAUCUAUAUGAAAUACGUGAACUAACACCCUCUAGUGGUGAAAAACUGUUAAAAUGCAAUUUGAAAGAGGUGGGCUUCAAGGUCUAAGAAAUUAGCAUAUGAGCCUCCUAGGUUAAGCUUUCAACUAAGAAUACCAAGAGAACAAAGCAAAAUUGGUGAUACAAGUAAAUUGGAAAAUUGUUUAAAAUGACAUGCUCUAUCUGAAUCAUGAAAGUUUAUUUUGGCCUAGACUGUCCCUUUAACCUUUCUUUCCAACAGUGUAAGUCUUGGGGGUCUGUAAAAAAAAAAAUAGUUAAAAAAUGUUUAAAAAAAAAUAUUAGAACCCAGGUGGGAAAUGGCUUAGCAGCCAAAGGGUUAAUGGGUCAGAGUCCUGCCUUUUGAAAUGUGAAUAUUUUAUGUAAAAACAAAAUGUACUGCCUUAAUUUUCUGUUUAUUCCUGUAGGACUUACAGCAAGUAUUCUCAUGUAUGAGUGUGUUAGUUUUUAUUUUUGAGUUUGCCGUUUUGCAAACCACAGUUUGCUGUAAGUAGGGAUGGGUGAAUCUUUUGCAGCAUUCGAAAAAUAUAUAUAUAUAUAUUUUUUAUUUUUUUUUAACGCGUUUGUCUUCAAUUUCUAGUUUGUACAACAUUCUAACAUUUGUUUAAUGUAAUAGUAUUUCUAAUGCUUUCUUUAAAUGUAAUAUUCAAAUUAUGCAAUAUUCAAAUUAGAAACAUUCCAACUGAUAUAUUUGUAUCUAUUAUGUAUCAAUUCACUAAAUUCCCUACAACAUGAACUAUUCAACUUUUGAAUAGUAUUUGUUAAAUCGAAUGCUACAUUCGAAAUUUCAAAUGUGGAUAUUUGAUAUGAUGAACAUUCGAACACGAAAGUAACAUUUGAUUGUCGUAUGUUAAUGGAUUUUCAUUACGAACUAAUUACACUUUCAUCACAUUAGCCCAUGGAGCUGUGGUUUUGAACCUGUGGAAGUUAAUUGGCUAAGACUAAUGGAAGGGGGUAUCCCAGGUCUGGAAAGGUCUUUCUCUUCUGAUUUAUCUUAAACUAGGGUGAAAGGGUCUUUCAAACCUCUUGUUUUUCCAAAGGUUUUGUUAUCGUAACAGCAGUAUAUUUGAGGCUUUUCCAACUCAAGAUUGAGAUUCCAUAUUCUGUCAAUUUUGCUUGUCAUGACCCUGUGGGCAUAUCCUGGUUAGACUGUCAGCAGAGGCGUUAACAUUUGAUUACUAGAGUAAUCUGUACAGAGUUCUCUGCUCCUCUGUAGCAUGGAUGUCAAAGUAAGGCGUUUUCUGUAGCCCUAUUCAACAGUAAGGGACAGGAAACCCAAUAUUUUUCUUUCAUGAUUCAGAUAGAGCACGUGAUUUUUAAGCAACUUUCAAAUGUUCUUUUAUCUAAUAUGCUUAGUUCUCUUGGUAUCCUUAGUUGAAAAGCAUACCUAGGUAGACUCGGGAGUAGCAAUGCAUUACUGGGAGCUAGCUGCUGAUUGGUGGCUACACAUAAAUGCCUCUCCAUUUGUUCCCUAAAUAUUUUCAGUUAGUUCCCAGAAGUGCAUUGCUGCUCCUUCAACUAAGUAUAACAAUAGAGUGAAUCAAAUUUAAUAAUAGAAGUAAAUUCAGUCUGUACCAAAGCACACAGAAGGUAUAUACCCCACUAGUUCUUCAAUAUGAUGCCAUUUAUGUGAAGAAAUUUUAUCAACUAUAAAACAUACUUUUUUGUUCUUAAAAAAAACAAGGAUCAAAAGUUUUAGUCUGCUCCUCCCCUAAACAUCAAGCUAACCUCCACAUUGGUUAAACGGACAGUUUUGUUUGACUAUGGCCUAGUUUCCAUUGAUUUUGUAACACUGUAAACUGGUGGUAACAAAAAGAAGUAUCUCCAUUAAAGUAUAUGGAGAUAUUUUAUGUUACCACUAGUUUACAACAGCAAUGGAAACUAGGCCUAUGCUCUUGUGUAAGAGUGAACAUACAGGUUCAGAAUUGAACGUCCGUUAUGUGUAUUUUUAAUAAUUAUGGCUAUAAGAGCAGGUUGAUUUAAUGUGAGUGACAGAAGAGAACUAAAGACAAUUUAUAUAUUAACCCCUUCUGUGAAAGUCAGGGCCACAACAAGUUCCUCCAAUUAAUUUUAAAAAAGAAGCCAUUUUAAGUUUGUUUUUGGUGCUCUCUUAUGGUAUUCCUAGACCGUUUUUUUUUUUAGUAUGCUUCAUAGCACUUUUGUACAUCUGUGCGUCUAUCCUGGCAGUGUGUGUAUAAGUAAAACUGUAUGUUAACAACAAGGAAAUACUUGGAUAUAUUCACUUAUACAAAAAGUCAGAAUUUUGGAGACCUAGAUAAGAUGUGGUAGUCUGGCCAGUAGGCACGCACAGUAUUAGCACAACCACAUUUCAUGUAGGCCUUUAGUUUUUAAAUUUACAAUACUUUACCCUAUUGAAUAGAGAUGGAUGUUUCGGAUAGAUAGGUUUUUUUUUUUGGUUUUUUUAUCCACUAUUGUGAAUGUGAAAAUUAUUUUUACAUUAUGUAGUGUCAAUUUUUUUUUUAUUUGUGCUGCAACCUUUUGAUAAAAGUGCACGCACAGUAGUAGGCAGAAUAACAGGGUAAAUAGUUUAUCUAUUAAUAGUGUAAAGAACACAAACUACAAGGAAUUAGGUUUACCGGUUUCCAAAGGAAACAUAAUUUUAAUGAUAAAUGGGUUUAGACAAUGUAAUAAAAAAAGAAUGAUUUUAGUAGGGGACUCCUUUCAUUUUAGUAGUACAACAUGCACUUGAAUGAUCUUUAGUAUAUUGUUUAUUGAAUACAUGUGAACAAAUUAAGGAUUUAUAUUGUAGCAAUUAUUUCAAUGUUGAACAUUAACCUAUAUUUCAUGCCCUUAUCUAAGUGUGAUUUGUUGAAGGUCAUACAGAAUGGAUUGUACCAUUUUGUUAUACGGUUUACACUUCACAAACCAAUAGUGUAUUUCCUCAUUUUUGUGGCCUUUAUUAGAAUUCAUACGAUGAAUAUUGCAUUUUAUUCUGUAUUUAAAUUAAAGGCCAGUAACUUGCAUACAAUAAACUGUGUGAAUUACCAAAGCAGCCAAACGUUAAUGUAUGUUUUCAUUAAAAACAGACUGUAAGCGAAUGAGGAUGAGGGUAACUAUUAUGUUAAUCAGCAUGGAACCAUAAGCAUGCUAAGUUAUUUUUAUUUUUUUAAAGCAACAUCGAGGGCCAUUUUUUAAAAUUCUAAUUCAUAUGAAAGACUAUAAAUUGGAUGUUUUAGAUUCAUGGUACACGGGCGCAACUCCUUAAAGGGACAGUAAUGCGAAAAUUAAGCAUUCAUGAUUCUGAUAGAACAUGUAAUUUUAAACCACUUUUUCAAAUGUAAUUUGAUCAAAUUUGCUUUGUUCUUUUAUCAUCCUUUAUUGAAGAGUAAACCUAGAUAGGCUGAUAGGUGCGUGCACAUUUCUUUAGCAAUCUGACCUCAGUAUUUGCAAAGUUGUUUUAUUGUAGUGUUUUACAAACACAGCUGCCAUAUGUUAGACAGGUGCACACUCCUAUGCUCACCUAGGAUUACCCUUUAACAAAGGAUACCAAGAGAACUAAGCAAGAUUGAUAGAAGUGCAAGAAUUCACAGAAUAUAUGCAUUUGUGAAUGGCUGAUGGCUGUCACAUGAUACAGUAGGAGUGGAAAUAGACAUAACUUGAAAAUUUGUCGGAAAAAAAAAUCUACUACUCAUUUGAAGUUCAUACAAAGUGCUAUUGCAUUGUCUUAUCAUGCAUUUGUUGUUUAUACAAAUCUUCUGUACUUACUGGUCCUUUAGUUUAAUUUUGACUCUACUGUCCCUUUUUAAAGCUAGAAUAAAAAAGGUGAGCAUAUUAUGCAUUAGUAUUUAUUUUCAGAUGCCGUCUGUGUAGCAAAAGCAAAUCCGAUUUUCACUGUGUUAGUGUAUCAUGUUCUGUGAGUUAAUAGUGUGUAUUUAUUCAUUGUUUACCACACUCAUUAAAACUAGGUCAUAAGUACUGAUGUACUGUAGAAACGUAAAGCAGCAGCACUAAAUUUCAAAUAACCUUAUUAUUACUCACCAAUGCAACUCAUUAUACAUAUUGUAAGUUGCUUCUGCUUGAAUAUAAUUUUGCUUUGUUUCCAACUACAAGACCAAUAAUUAAGAAUGUGUACAAGUUUCUUGGAUCAAUAGCCAUGAUUUAUAAUUAUAAUAUGCAGAAUAUCAAUAAAGUUACAAAUCCUAAUGCAUACUAGAGUGUAAAAAAACAACUAAUAGAACAACAAUAUAGAGAUACUGCCCCAAAGACACAUUUCUUUGAGCAUUAUAAAUGAAUAUAACUUUAGCAGCAAUUUUUUUUUGGUGAGAAUUUUAUUUUUAUAGUGUGUUUUGUUUUUUUUCAUAAAAAAAAAAUAUUUUCUAAUGUUCUCCUUAAGCUGCACAUAAUACAAGUUUGAUCUUGAAAAUGCAAUUCUUGUGCCAUCUAGUGUUAGUAAAAGGCAUUAUAAUAAACCACAGGUUCAUCAGACGAUAACUUUUUUUUUUUAAAUGGUCUGACCAUGGGCUCUAGUAGCAAAAUCCUAGUGGGGGACAAGCACCAAUACAUUUAAGUACUCUAAAUAAAUCUUGAUGGUGAUGACAAAAGGCUAAGCCCAAAUCUAAACUUGUUUGAAUAUAAUAAUUUGUAUGAUUUUAUUUCAAUUUUAGUUUUUUUAAUUACAUUUAAAAAUUCUUGAUAAAAUAAUGAAAAACAAUCAAUGUCGUGCUCUUUGGCUAGUUUACGGCAGCAGGCUUAUCAUGUAGGUAUCUUAUGCAUGCUGUCCCACAAUAUCCCACCCUUGUCAGAUCUUCCAGUUUGUCCAAUGAAAACACUGGCUUUAUAUGUAGGAUGAUCCUAUUUAUUGGCAAUGUAUAUAUGCAAAAGCACUAGUGUGUGUAUAUAUGAUCAUUAAGUGUGUCAUGCAAUAGAAAUUUAACAUUUAAAGUGUUUGCAUACAAAAUUUCAAUCUGGUACUGUGUAAAAUAAAUCACUUUUUUUAUGUGUUUUCAUUGAGGGAAAGUUUUUUUUGUUUUUUUUUUGUACUGUGAAAUUUGUUUAUUUGCUUGUAUUUUGGGUCAUGUCCUUUAAAUAAUGGGGGUAAAAUAAAAAAAAAAAGGAAUACUGUA